AGCAGGUCUGCAGUUGUCUGUCUUUCUCUCCCCCUCUCUGUCUUCCCCUCCUCUCUCCAUUUCUCUCUUUCCUAUCCAACAACGACAACAAUAACUACAACAAUAAAACAAGGGCAACAAAAAACUGAACAAAUAAAUAAAUAAAAAGAUUAAAAAACAAAAGAAAAGAAAAACAUAACCGUCACUGGAAAAGCCAAAAGCCACUAACUUUUUGUCUGUAGGAUGAGGACAGCCUUCCUCCGGAUGAGCGCUGCCGGCAGAGACCUAAAGGCAAAGGCACCAGCACAGGGCAGCUCUCAGUGCCCAAAAGGCGGCAACGGAAUGAGGAGUGGUGCCAGCAUCCCCCCAAGGAUCAGCACUCCUCAAGGCAAAAGCAGUUGCAGCGUGUUGGCCCCCCAGCAACUCACUGCUCACAGCCGCGUGACCCUGCGGGACACAGACAUCUCCACACUGCUGAGUUGGCAUUUUCUUUCUAAACUCACAGAGCCAAGGGACAGGCUGAGUUACACAGCCCCGCCCACAUUCAAGGAACAUGUGAUAAAUGAACCCAGGGGUGAAAUCUCCAGUGAAUGCAGCAAAUUUGCCCACUCUAUGACCAGCAAUGCGAUGCAAGUAGAAGAACCAGCCAAGGCUCCUGAGAAAGUGUGGCAUAAAGAUGGUGAAGAUUCUGAACAGAGAAGCUCUUUGGAGUGUGCUCAGAAAGUCACAGAGCUUCGAGCUUCCAUAAGGGAGAAUAUUGAGUUGAUUCGACUUAAGAAGCUUUUACAUGAAAAGGAUACCUUACUCGUCAUGACAAAAGCUCAAUUAAAAGAAGUUCAAGAGGCAUAUGAAACUCUGCUCCAGAAGAAUCAGGGAAUCCUGGGUGCUGCUCAUGAUGCUCUUCUUAACCAAGUGAAUGAGCUCAGGGCAGAGUUGAAGGAGGAGAGCAAGAAGGCUGUAAGCUUGAAGAGCCAACUGGAAGAUGCGUCCAUUCUGCAGCUCACACUGAAGGAGUUUCAGGAGAGAGUUGAAGAUUUGGAAAGAGAGCGAAAUUUGCUGAAUGACAAUUAUGACAAGCUCUUAGAAAACAUGCUGGACAGCAGUAACCAGCCUCACUGGAACAACGAGCUUGUAGGAGAGCAGCUACAGCACAAAGUCUCUCAGUUGCAGGAUCAGCUGGAAACUGAACUGGAGGAGAAGAGGAAAGUCUUACUUCAGCUGUCGAGAGAAAAAGCUCAAAACGAGGAUCUGAAACUAGAAGUCACUAGCCUGCUACAGAAACAUGCACAGGAAGAAGAAAGCAUGCAGAGCGGGGACUUAAUGUGCCAGUUUCCUGAUAGCCAAACUGAACCGGCCAACCACCCAACUGUGUCUCAGGAAGCCAUUCAAAUAAAGCACUGCGAACCCGAAAACCAAGAGGAAAAGAAGCUGUCCCAGAUGAUAAGUCAGUUGCAAGUAUCGCAUGCAGAGACCACUCUGGAACUAGAAAAGACCAGAGACAUGCUCAUCCUGCAGCGUAAAAUCAACGUGUGCUAUCAGGAGGAACUGGAAGUAAUGAUGACAAAAGCUGAUAAUGAAAGUAGAGAGCAUGAGGAAAAACUGGAGAGGCUGAGUCAACUCCUAGACGUCAAGAACAAGCGUAUCAAUCAGCUGGAAGGUAUUUUAAGACGCCAUGGCCUUCCGAUAUCUGACCAGUUCAAAGAUGUGGCUUAUGGUACGCAACGGUUUUUGUGUCUGGAAACACUGCCAGCCCAUGAAAACGAGGAUAAAGUGGACAUAUCUCUACUUCAGAGUGAGAACCUUUUUGAACUGCACAUUCACCAGGCCUUCCUAACAUCUGCUGCCCUGGCUCUGGCAGGAGACACUCAGCCGACCACUUUCUGCACCUAUUCCUUCUAUGACUUUGAAACUCACUGUACGCCCCUGGCCAUGGGGCCACAGCCCCUGUAUGACUUCACUUCCCAGUAUGUGGUGGAAACAGAUUCUCUCUUCUUACACUACCUUCAAGGGGCUUUCACCCAGCUUGAGCUAUACCAGGCUAUAGCCAGUGAGUAUCACCCCCUUGCAACUGGAUGGAUUUGCUUUGGCAGGGCACUGGAGACUGUGGAAAGAGUCCAUGGGUCUGCCACACUUACUGGAGCUGGUGGAGAAGAGUUCGGGGUGCUUGAGUACUGGAUGAGGCUGCGCUUCCCUCUAAGGUCCAGCCUGCAGGCAUGCAUUAAGCAAAAGAAAGCCCAAGCUUAUCUAUCAGCCAGUGUUCUUGGAGUCGGGGAGCCCCGGGAGGACAAGUCCAGAUCGAAGACUCGGAAGCUUCAAAAUGAGCUGUGGGUGGAAAUCAUCAGGUGCCGUGGCCUCCAGAGCCGACGUCUGGGAACCCAACCCAGUCCAUACGCCAUCUACCGACUCUUCACCUUCUCUGACCAUGACACUGCCAUCAUUCCAGCCAGUAACAAUCCCUACUUUAGAGACCAGGCUCGAUUCCCAGUGCAUAUGACCUCUGACUUGGAUCAGUAUCUGAGGCAGGAGGCCUUGUCUGUGUACGUUUUUGAUGAUGAAGACUCAGAGCCUGGCAUGUACCUUGGCAAAGUUCAAGUACCACUGCUACCUCUUGCACAAAACAAAUCCAUUAAAGGUGAUUUUAAUCUAAUAGAUCCUGCGGGGAAACCCAAUGGAUCCGUUCAGGUGCAUCUGGAUUGGAAGUCUUGCUACCACCCCCCAGAGAAAUUCCUGAAAACUAAAGCUCAGAAUGAAAAAAGAAAGGACAGCUUAGAGAUCUCACCUGAAGAGGGAAAGCUGUCGUUUCCUCCCCAGGAUCAUAUAACACCUGCUGAAAGUUCUAUUGAAAUUGACUGUUACCCAGCAAAGAGCAAUCCUCCUCAGAUGGGAGAAAGGAAGGAAAAGGAGCACCAGGUUGUCACCUACUCAAGAAGAAAACAUGGCAAGAGAGCCGGUGUCCAAGGCAAAAACAGAAUGGAGUAUCUUAGCCGUAACAUUUUAAGCGGAUAUGCACUACAGCAGGUGAACUACACUGAAUGGACAAUCUCAGGAUUUAAGGUCUCCACAGGUGAUGGUUUAAAAGAUCUGCGAAGCAAAGGAAGAGUGGCCUCAUCCCCAUCAGCACUGUUACAGAAGGAAGUUCUACAUCCGGCCAAUGAUAAAGAUUCCUGUGAACAAACUUCUGAAGUCAGUGAAGCUCAAACUACAGAUAGUGAUGACAUCGUGACACCUGUAUCUCAGAAAUGUCCCAAGGCAGGUUCAGAGAAGAUAUGCAUUGAAAUUGUCUCCCUGGCCUUCUACCCAGAGGCUGAAGUGAUGUCUGAUGAGAACGUAGAGCAGGUGUAUGUGGAAUACAAGUUCUACGAUCUACCCCUGUCACAGACAGAGACUCCAAUAUCCCUGAGGAAACCGAGAGCCGGAGAGGAGAUCCACUUCCACUUUAGCAAGGUGAUAGACCUUGACCCAGUAGAGCAAAGAGGUCGAAGACAGUUUCUCUUCACAAUGCUGACUAGACAAGACCCUGAGCAAGGCUGUUUAAAGUUUACAGUGGUAAGUGAUCCUGUGGAUGAGGAAAAAAAAGAAUGCCAAGAAGUAGGAUAUGCGUAUCUGGAACUGUGGAAGAUUAUGGAAUCAGGAGACAGUCUAGAGCAAGAACUUGACAUUGUUAGCCCUGAAGAUAAGACAACCCCAAUAGGAAGGCUGAAGGUUUCUCUUCAAGCUGCCGCCGCCCUACAUGCUAUUUACAAGGAGAUGACUGAAGAAUUGUUUUUUGUGAAGGGAAGGAGUAAGAGCUACCCCAUUUUAAAUUCUCUGAAGGAACCGUAGCAAAGACUCAUAUAAAGGAACUUGCUAUACCGUAAA